AUGCAUCAGAAAUCAUUUAAUAUUUCUUUCUUUCACCCAAAGAUCCAGAAAUUUGCUGUUCCAGUUAUUCAUGGAUUUAUUGCAAUACAUUCCUGUUCUGUUAAUGGAAAAUACUUCGACUGGAUUGUUAUCUCGAGGAGAAGUUGUUUUCGAGCUGGUGUACGGUACUAUGUUAGAGGUAUUGACUCAGAAGGUCAUGCUGCAAAUUUUGUUGAAACUGAACAAAUUGUGCAUUUCAAUGGAGGAAAAGCUUCAUUUGUUCAAAGUCGAGGGUCAAUUCCAUUUUUCUGGUCACAAAGACCAAACUUGAAAUAUAAACCGAAGCCUCAAAUCAACAAUGCUGUAAAUCAUAUGGAUGGAUUUCAGCGACAUUUUGACUCACAAAUAAUUAGUUAUGGAAAACAAGUUAUCGUUAAUUUGGUUAAUCAGAAAGGGUCAGAAAAACCACUGGAACAAACAUUUGCACAAAUGGUGACAGGCCUUGGAAAUGGAAUGCUUAGAUAUUUUGCUUUUGAUUUCCAUAAAGAAUGCAGCAGAAUGCGUUGGGACCGCUUGCAGAUUUUGGUAGAUCAAGUUGCUGAAAUACAAGAUGACUUUGGCUACUUUUUAGUGGACUCUGAAGGGAAAGUGUUAUUGCAGCAAGAUGGAGUAUUCAGAAGCAACUGCAUGGACUGCUUGGAUCGUACGAAUGUUAUCCAGAGUCUCUUGGCACACCGCUCUCUUCAAGCACAAUUACAAAGACUUGGUGUGCUGCAUAUUGGACAGAGAAUUGAAGAGCAAGCACAGUUUGAAAAAAUAUACAAAAACGCUUGGGCUGACAAUGCAAAUGCAUGCGCAAAGCAGUAUGCUGGAACAGGGGCACUGAAAACAGACUUCACAAGAACUGGAAAGCGAACACAAUGGGGACUUAUAAUGGAUGGCUGGAACUCUCUCAUACGAUACUAUAAAAAUAAUUUUUCUGAUGGGUUUAGACAAGAUUCAAUCGACUUGUUUCUUGGAAAUUACACUGUUGAAGAAGCCUAUUCUUCUAGUCCUUUACAAGUACAGAAAGAUUGGAAAUUCUUGGCAUUGCCAAUCAUCAUGGUGGUUGCUUUUUCAAUGUGCAUUAUCUGCUUGCUCAUGGCUGGUGACACAUGGACAGAGACUUUGGCCUAUGUACUUUUCUGGGCAGUUGCUAGUAUUGGAACAGCCACCAUUAUCCUCUACAAUGGCAAAGACUUUGUAGAUGCUCCAAAAUUGGUGCAAAAAGAAAAGAUGGAUUGA